GUGGGGAGGUGCAGGGCUGGGCAGUGGAGAGGCGGGGCACGCGCUGGCGAGAAUCCCUCCCUCCUGCCCUCUUGGCGGUCGAGGGUUUGCCUUUUCAGAUCCUCCACCUAGCUGGGAUCCAAAGAGCUAACACCGCCAAGGGGGCGCGGCCGGGACCAUCUAGGGUGCCGGGUACCCAAAGUCGGGCACGGUGACCUGUCCACCCAGCCAGCGGGAGAGUAGAUCCACGGACCUGGAAAGGAUUGGAGAAGCGCCACCCCUGAGCAGACGAGAAGCUGGCUGGACUAGGGCAAGAAAUUGCCUAGGACUCCGAGCGCAGUGGCGCUGCGGGCUCGGGUGUCCUCUGGCGGCGCCUGGAGCAGGUGAACCGUUCACUACCCCCAGUGCUGAGCGCUCUUGUGUUUUCACCCGGCCCGGCUCACUCUCGUAGCCAUGGGCCCCGGCCCCCUCCGCGCGCCCCGCGACUCUGGCUGGAUGCUUAGUGCCCUGGCCUUGAUGGUGGCGGCUAGCGGCCGGGUCGCCUUCGCUUUCAACCUGGACACCCGAUUCCUGGUGGUGAAGGAGGCGGUGAACCCGGGUAGCCUUUUCGGCUACUCGGUCGCCCUCCAUCGGCAAACCGAGCGACAGCAGCGCUACCUGCUUCUGGCUGGUGCUCCCCAGGACCUUGCCGUGGCUGAUGGCUACACCAACCGGACUGGCGCUGUGUACCUGUGCCCCCUCACCGCCCUCAAGAACGAUUGUGAACGGAUGGACAUCUCAGAGAAAAGUGACCCCGACCAUCACAUUAUUGAGGACAUGUGGCUUGGGGUGACUGUGGCCAGCCAGGGCCCCGCAGGUAGAGUCCUGGUCUGUGCCCAUCGCUACACCCAGGUGCUAUGGUCUGGCAAAGAAGACCAACGGCGUAUGGUGGGCAAGUGUUAUGUGCGUGGCAAUGACUUACAGCUGGACCCCGGCGAUGACUGGCAGACCUACCACAAUGAGAUGUGUAACAGCAACACCGACUACUUGCAGACUGGCAUGUGCCAGCUGGGCACCAGCGGUGGCUUCACCCAGAACACCGUGUAUUUCGGUGCCCCUGGUGCCUACAAUUGGAAAGGAAACAGCUACAUGAUUCAGCGGAAGGACUGGGAUUUAUCUGAAUAUAGCUACAAGGGCUCAGAGGACCAAGGAAACCUCUAUAUUGGGUACACGGUGCAGGUAGGCAGCGCCAUCCUCCACCCCAAGGACAUCACUGUUGUGACAGGAGCCCCUCGGCACCAACAUAUGGGUGCUGUCUUCUUGCUGAGCCAAGAGUCAGGUGGAGACCUGCGGAGGAGGCAGGUGCUGGAGGGCACGCAGGUGGGCGCUUAUUUUGGCAGCGCCAUUGCUCUGGCAGACCUGAACAAUGAUGGGUGGCAGGACCUCCUGGUGGGCGCUCCCUACUACUUUGAACGGAAAGAGGAGGUAGGGGGUGCUGUCUAUGUCUUCAUGAACCAGGCGGGCACAUCCUUCCCGGAUCAACCUUCCCUCCUGCUUCACGGCCCCAGUCGCUCUGGCUUUGGCAUCUCUAUAGCCAGCAUUGGUGACAUCAACCAGGAUGGAUUCCAGGACAUUGCUGUGGGAGCCCCAUUUGAGGGCUCGGGCAAGGUGUACAUCUACCACAGCAGCUCCGGGGGACUCCUCAGGCAGCCCCAGCAGAUAAUCCACGGAGAAAAACUCGGACUGCCUGGCUUGUCCACCUUCGGCUACUCUCUGAGCGGGAAGAUGGAUGUGGAUGACAACUCCUAUCCAGACCUGCUAGUGGGGAGCCUGUCGGACCACAUUGUGCUGCUGCGGGCCCGACCUGUCAUCAAUAUUCUCCAAAGGACCUUGGUGGCCAGGCCAGCUGUGUUGGACCCCUCACUUUGUACACCGACCUCCUGUGUUCAGGUGGAGCUGUGCUUUGCCUACAACCAGAGUGCUGGGAACCCCAACUACAGGCGGAACAUUACCCUGGCGUACACACUGGAGGCUGACCGGGACCGCCGGCCCCCCAGGCUCCGAUUUGCCAGCAGCCAGUCGGCUGUGUUUCAUGGUUUCUUCUCCAUGCCGGAGACGCAUUGCCAGACACUGGAAUUACUACUGAUGGACAAUGUCCGUGAUAAACUCCGUCCCAUCGUUAUUGCCAUGAACUACUCCUUACCUUUGCGCAUGCCCGAUCGCCUGAAGCUGGGGAUGCGGUCUCUGGAUGCCUACCCAGUUCUUAACCAGGCACAGGCUCUGGAGAACCACACUGAGGUCCACUUCCAGAAGGAGUGCGGGCCGGACAACAAGUGCGACAGCAACCUGCAGAUGCGAGCGGCCUUCGUGUCUGAGCAGCUGCAGCCUCUAAGCAGGCUCCAGUACAGCAGAGACACUAAGAAAUUGUUCUUGAGCAUCAAUGUGACCAAUAUGCCGAGCAACGAGCGUGCUGGGGAAGAUGCCCAUGAGGCACUGCUCACCUUGGAGGUGCCACCUGCCCUGCUACUGUCCUCAGUGCGCCCAUCCGGGACCUGCCAAGCUAACGAGACCAUCCUGUGUGAGCUAGGAAACCCCUUCAAACGGAACCAGAGGAUGGAGCUGCUCAUUGCCUUUGAGGUCAUUGGGGUGACGCUGCACACAAGGGACCUUCAGGCACAGCUGCAGCUAUCCACGUCAAGUCACCAGGACAACUUGCAGCCAAUGACCCUGACUUUGCAGGUGGACUACACGCUCCAGGCCUCACUCAGCUUGAUGACACAUCGGCUACAGAGCUUCUUCGGUGGCACAGUGAUGGGUGAGGCUGGCAUGAAAACUGUGGAGGAUGUGGGCAGUCCCCUGAAAUACGAAUUCCAGGUGAGCCCAGUGGGAGAUGGGCUGGCAGCUUUGGGCACACUGGUCCUGGGUCUGGAAUGGCCCUAUGAAGUCGCCAAUGGCAAGUGGCUGCUGUAUCCCACGGAGAUCACCAUCCAUGGCAAUGGGUCAUGGCCCUGCCAGCCACCUGGAAGCCUCGUCAACCCUCUCAACCUUACUCUCUCUGACCCUGGAGACAAGCCACAUUCUCCACAACGCAGGCGGAGACAGCUGGAUCCCGGGGGAGACCAGGGCUCCCCACCUGUCACACUGGCUGCUGCCAAAAAAGCCAAAUCUGAGACUCUGUUGACGUGUGCCAGUGGCCUUGCCCGCUGUGUGUGGCUGGAGUGCCCCCUUCCUGAUGCCUCCAACAUCACCAACGUGACUGUGAAGGCACGGGUGUGGAACAGCACCUUCAUUGAGGACUACAGAGACUUUGACAGAGUCAGGGUAGAUGGCUGGGCCACUUUGUUCCUGCGAACCAGCAUCCCUACCAUUAACAUGGAGAACAAGACCACAUGGUUCUCAGUGGACAUUGACUCAGAGCUGGUGGAGGAGCUGCCUGCUGAGAUUGAGCUGUGGUUGGUCCUUGUGGCUGUCAGUGCCGGGCUGCUGCUUCUAGGGCUCAUCAUCAUCCUUCUGUGGAAGUGCGGCUUCUUCAAGCGAGCCCGCACUCGUGCCCUGUAUGAAGCUAAGAGGCAGAAGGCUGAGAUGAAGAGCCAGCCGUCAGAGACAGAAAGGCUGACCGACGACUACUGAGGGGACAUCCCCUUGCCCCAGCCCACCUGGUGUGACUUCUUUAAGCCGACCCGAUACUACCGGAUCAUGCCCAAGUACCAUGCAGUGCGUAUUCGGGAGGAGGAGCGCUACCCGCCUCCAGGGAGCACCCUACCCACCAAGAAGCACUGGGUCACCAGCUGGCAGAUUCGGGACCGAUACUACUGAUACCC